GCACUCAACUCCUUUCUUACGUCACUGAGACGCAUGCGCUUUGGAAGGAGGGACGUGCCUUCAGGGGAAGGGCAGGAGGCGGGCCUUGGCCGAGAUCUCACGGAGACUGCGCGGACAGGAGCCCCACAGGAACAUGGCGACUUGCGCUGAAAUCCUGCGGAGCGAGUUCCCCGAAAUUGACGGACAGGUCUUCGAUUACGUGACGGGCGUUUUGCACAGCGGCAGCGCGGACUUCGAGUCUGUGGAUGACCUGGUAGAAGCUGUGGGAGAACUGUUGCAGGAAGUGUCCGGAGACAGCAAGGAUGACGAGGGCAUUAGGGCUGUGUGUCAGCGCAUGUACAACACUCUGCGCCUCGCGGAGCCACAGAGCCAAGGAAACAGCCAGGUGUUAUUGGACACUCCUAUCCAGUUGUCAAAGAUAACAGAGAACUACGACUGUGACACCAAACUUCCAGGACUGCUAAAGAGGGAACAGUCCUCGACAGUGAAUGCAAAGAAGCUAGAGAAGGCUGAGGCUCGACUAAAGGCAAAGCAGGAGAAGCGCUCAGAGAAGGACACGCUCAAGACCAGCAACCCUCUAGUUUUAGAAGAGGCAUCAGCCAGCCAGGCAGGCAGCAGAAAAGAGAAUCGGUUGGAAUCAUCUGGCAAGAACAAAUCCUAUGAUGUGCGAAUUGAGAACUUUGAUGUGUCUUUUGGAGAUAGGGUACUGCUGACAGGCGCAGAUGUGAAUCUGGCUUGGGGCCGCCGCUACGGGCUAGUGGGGCGGAACGGUCUAGGGAAGACGACGCUGCUGAAGAUGCUGGCCACCCGAAGCCUGCGGAUUCCAGCCCACAUUUCCCUGCUGCACGUGGAGCAGGAGGUUGCUGGCGAUGACACCCCUGCCCUGCAGAGUGUGCUAGAGAGUGAUACCGUGCGAGAGGACCUCCUUUGCCGGGAGCGGGAGCUUAGUGCCCAGAUUGCCUCUGGCAGGGUGGAAGGCUCUGAAGCUGCACAGCUGGUGGAAAUCUAUGCCAAAUUGGAGGAGAUUGAGGCUGAUAAGGCACCUGCCAGGGCUUCGGUCAUUCUUGCUGGGCUUGGCUUUACGCCUAAGAUGCAGCAGCAGCCUACCCGGGAGUUCUCAGGUGGCUGGAGGAUGAGGUUGGCUCUGGCCCGGGCCCUGUUUGCUAGGCCAGAUCUUCUGCUGUUAGAUGAACCCACAAACAUGCUGGAUGUAAGAGCCAUCCUAUGGCUAGAGAAUUAUCUGCAGACAUGGCCUUCCACAAUCCUAGUCGUCUCCCACGACCGCAAUUUCCUGAAUGCCAUCGCCACAGACAUCAUCCAUCUGCACAGCCAGCGCCUGGAUGGAUACCGAGGGGACUUCGAGACCUUCAUCAAGAGCAAGCAGGAGCGGCUGCUGAACCAGCAGCGUGAAUAUGAGGCACAGCAGCAGUAUCGCCAGCACAUUCAGGUUUUCAUUGACCGGUUUCGCUACAAUGCCAACAGGGCUUCUCAAGUGCAGAGUAAACUUAAGAUGCUAGAGAAGCUACCAGAGCUGAAACCUGUGGACAAGGAGUCAGAGGUGGUGAUGAAGUUCCCUGAUGGGUUUGAGAAGUUCUCACCACCAGUUCUGCAACUAGAUGAAGUGGAUUUCUACUAUGAUCCUAAACAUGUCAUCUUCAGUCGUCUCUCCGUGUCUGCUGAUCUUGAAUCCCGCAUCUGUGUGGUUGGAGAGAAUGGGACUGGGAAGUCUACUAUGCUGAAGCUACUUAUGGGGGACCUGACACCUGUUCGGGGCAUCCGACAUGCUCACAGGAAUCUGAAGAUUGGCUAUUUCAGCCAGCACCAUGUGGAACAGCUAGAUCUGAAUGUCAGUGCUGUGGAACUACUGGCUCGCAAGUUUCCUGGGCGGCCGGAAGAGGAAUAUCGUCACCAGCUGGGCCGGUACGGCAUCUCUGGAGAACUGGCCAUGCGCCCUGUUGCCAGCUUGUCUGGGGGCCAGAAGAGCCGGGUGGCCUUUGCUCAAAUGACCAUGCCCUGUCCCAACUUCUACAUUCUGGAUGAACCCACAAACCACCUAGACAUGGAGACAAUUGAGGCUCUGGGCUGUGCUCUCAACAAUUUUAGGGGUGGUGUGAUUCUAGUCUCCCAUGAUGAGCGCUUCAUCCGGCUGGUGUGCCAAGAACUGUGGGUGUGUGAAGGAGGUGGUGUCACCCGGGUCGAGGGGGGCUUUGACCAGUACCGCGCCUUCCUCCAGGAACAGUUCCGCCGUGAGGGCUUCCUCUAGGGCCACCAGGCUGAAGACCGUGCCCCGGACAUGGACUGUCUCUCAGACCCCUGGGCCACCACAUAGGCAACCAACUUCAGGCCAUGGACUCCCCACAGUUUGGGGACAGCCUUAUUCCCAAAACUCCUUUUGACUGGAGCAUCCUCUGCACAAACCAGGGAGCCACAUCCAAGAGUUUUUGAGGACUGGUCUCCUAGGGGGAAGAUGUGAGGGGUGCCCUCUGGACUUAGAGAUUCCAACUGCCCCAGCUCUGACUGGGCCUUGAGUGGCUGCUGUAUAAAUUAAAUCCCCCCAUGUGUCUC